UAGCGGACACGAGCAUCAACAAGCGCGCCUCCGUGCGCUUUUGACGAGGCCGUGCGCAGUGUUCGUUCAGUGUAUCUCUUCAUUCUACCCCUAUAUCGGUUAAAGACCUGCGGACACAGAGACACCGGAUACCUUUCCUCACGAUAUCUUAUCCCCGUCCCGGACAUGCAGCCGCCCCCGCCUAGGCUGAGGAGCAGAAGGAGGAUGAGAUGAGGCUCCGCAAUGGCACUUUCCUGACUCUGCUGGCAUUCUGCUUUUGCGUCUUCCUGUCCCUAUCCUGGUACACUGCAUUCAGCGGGCAGAAAGGAGAUGUGGUGGAUGUUUAUCAGAGGGAAUUCUUGGCACUUCGAGAUCGGCUGCAUGCAGCAGAGCAGGAAAACCUGAAACGCUCCAAGGAACUGAACUUAGUCCUGGAUGAAAUUAAGAGAGCAAUAUCUGAAAAGCAAGCCCUGAGAGAUAUCAACCGGACGUGGAGCAGCUUAUCUGAUGAAACAAAAUUAAAAUUGUGGAAUAUCACGAAUAAGAAUGUGUUGCGUUUACCCACCAUCUUUCACCAUCUGCCACACUUGCUAUCCAAGGAGAAUAGUCUGCAGCCAGCUGUGCACGUGGGUCAAGGUCGGACUGGAGUAUCUAUAGUUAUGGGCAUUCCCAGUGUGAAGAGAGAAGUUCAUUCCUACCUGACAGACACACUCAAUUCCCUGAUUUCUGAACUCAACCAACAGGAGAAGGAGGAUUGCGUGAUUGUGGUACUAAUUGCAGAGACCGACGCUCAGUAUGCUACUGCUGUGGCAGAAAACAUCAAAAGCAUAUUCCCAAAUGAAAUACAAUCAGGCCUUCUAGAAGUCAUAUCCCCAUCUCCCAAUUUCUACCCUGAUUUUUCUCGUCUUCGGGAGUCUUUUGGUGAUCCUAGAGAGAGAGUAAGGUGGAGAACUAAACAGAAUUUGGAUUAUUGCUUCUUAAUGAUGUAUGCACAGUCUAAAGGCACUUACUACGUCCAGCUGGAGGACGAUAUUGUAGCCAAACCCAACUAUCUAAGUACAAUGAAAAACUUUGCCCUACAACAGCCAUCAGAGGAGUGGAUGAUUCUGGAGUUUUCACAGCUUGGCUUUAUUGGAAAGCUUUUUAAGUCUUUGGAUCUCAGCUUGAUAGUGGAGUUUAUUCUCAUGUUCUACAAGGACAAACCUAUUGACUGGCUGCUGGACCAUAUCUUGUGGGUUAAAGUGUGCAAUCCAGAGAAAGAUGCUAAACACUGCGAUCGUCAAAAAGCUAAUUUAAGGAUCCGGUUCAAGCCGUCUUUGUUUCAGCAUGUGGGGACUCAUUCUUCCUUGGCAGGAAAAAUCCAAAAGUUAAAAGAUAAAGAUUUUGGCAAACAAGCCCUUCGCAAAGAACACGUAAAUCCAGCUGCUGAAGUAAGCACCAGCUUAAAAACCUACCAGCACUUCACCUUGGAAAAAGCUUAUCUUAGAGAGGACUUUUUCUGGGCAUUUACACCAACCGCUGGGGACUUUGUACGGUUCCGCUUCUUCAAGCCUUUGCGAAUAGAAAGGUUCUUUUUUCGGAGUGGUAACAUUGAGCACCCCGAGGAUAAGCUUUACAACACCACAGUAGAGAUUCUGCCUUUUGAUAGCCUCCAGUCUGACAAGGAAGCGUUGCAAGAAGGACGAGGUAAACCAUCAAAAUUCCACCGCACUCAAGAUGGAUACUUUCAAAUUGGCUCUUUUAACAAGGGCAUAGCAGAAGGAGAAGUGGAUUCUUCAUUUGGGCCACUAGAGGCGCUGCGUCUAUCAAUCCAGACAGAUUCUCCUGUGUGGGUCAUCUUAAGUGAGAUAUUUAUCAAGAAAGCGGACUGAGACAUUAUGGACCAAAGUUUUGUGGCUGCUUCCUUCUCCCUCUCCUGCAAAUUUAGCCUUCAGAGGAAAGCAUUGCAAGGCCAAGUGUAGGACAGAAGCAGAGACAUUUGCCACAUAGCCCCUUAUACAAGAGCUGGAGAAGACAGGAAGAUGGUCACACCUCCCAGAAUGCACAGCUGCUUUAGCAGGUGCAGGCAGCUUCUCCUGUGUUCUUACCACAUUUUGCUUUGUUCACAAAUAAAGACAAAGACUCCUGAGGAAAACCAAAAUCUUUCUCAGUGAUUUUGACUGGACCAUCCUUUACUGCCCUCUUUUAACUGACAAUUUGAUGCAGUAUGUUCUAUGGCACAGAUGUGGAAAGCACAAAUAAGUGAAUGGGCACCAAAACAUUGCUUUCUGCACUGGGUGGAUUUACAAGGCACAAAUAUCCUUAUGUGCCAAUUGGGUGGGAGGAUAGGGGGAAAAGUUGAAAUAAUCUUGCAUACUGUAACUUUAACACUUACAAUGCUGUUUGCCUGCAGUACAUCUCAGGCCGCUCCAGCACUGAGGUAGUUAAAGUGCCUUUCUUUAAUUUCUGCUAUGAGCAAGGGUAGUCUAAAUUACCUUGUAAUUUUUUUUAAAAAAAAACAAAGCUUGAUAUCACAUUCAGUUUCUUACAUACUAAAGUAAAAUAAGUUAUCCAUUUCAUAAAUGUGGGGGGUCAAAACCUAAUACUCUUUUAAAGCCAGAGACCAUCGCUCUCUCGAUACCUCAGAAGAGGGAGCCCAAGACUGUUGACUCACUCUAUACCUCAGAAGAGGAAGGGUAAGAUUGGACUGAUGUGUUGCAGUCUUCUGAAAAAUAACCCUUUUGCUGCCAAGGGAGAAUGCAACACAGUUGUUUUUAAGUGGUGAAAGUUCUAAACAUAUAGAUAGUGUAGCAAUGCAGAAAAAUGCUUACCAGAAAAAAACUAAACAAAUUGCUCCACUUUUACACAGUGAUGGAAUUCAAUUCUUUAAGUACAUCAAAAAUUUAUUGCAGCUCUUUGACUUGUUUCUGUAUAUUUUGAUCCAUUUGGUGAAUUUUCAGGAAUGACCUUAAUGUUGGAUAAAUUUAUUUUGGAAUUAAUUAUUUAAGAGAUUAUGCCAUAACCACCCACAAUAGUUAUACACUGGGAUAUGUUAUAAAACUAUGUGUUUUGUCAUUUGUAUUUUUUAUUGAUUUCUCUAAUACAUCUAUAAAAAAUAAAAAUAAAAUUGUGCACUGUAAUUAUCUGGAAUUAGAAUUGACACUGAAGCAUUUUAUUUUGUAUUUUUAUUUUCCAAAACAAUUGAAGUAAAUGUGAAAUGUUGAAGAAAAUUAAAAUACAGUGAUGAGAA